AUGAAGUUUGCCUCGGCUGUCCUUCUGGCACUCAGUGCUGUUUCAACUGCACUUGCUGCUUCGUUCACCAACCCUUUGCGACCAAAGGAUGGAUCCGACCCCUUUGUCGUCUACUCUGGCGAUGGAUACUACUAUCUGUUGACGACUGAAUGGACUAACAUCCAGGUAACCAGGUCUAAGACUCUCGGUGGACUCAAGACUGGUGAGACCAAAGUCGUCUGGCAAGACAGUACUGCCUCUCGCUGUUGCAAUGUAUGGGCACCUGAGGUUCAGUGGAUAAAUGAUGCAUGGUAUAUCUACUACAGUGCAUCUAACAAAGAUGACCUCGGUACCCAGCGUAUCCACGUUCUGAAGGGCGGAGCCAACAUCUUCGAUAAGUACACCUAUGCCGGUCAACUCUUCAACGAGUGGAGCAUCGACGGCACUGUCCUUCGCUUUCCAGACAAGAACUACUUCGUCUACUCCUGCCAACGCACCGGUCUCCAAUCCCUUUGCAUUGCCCCCAUGAAUUCACCCACCUCGGCCGGAACUGCAAAGACACUUUCACAGCCUACCUUGCCAUGGGAGAAGAUUGGCGAAUUCCCCGUCAACGAAGGCCCGGCUGCACUCUAUCAUGGUGGAAAAACAUUCUUGACCUACUCUGCGAGUUACUGCUGGACCAGCUCUUACCAGCUCGGUCUCUUGACGUACAAGAGUGGUGACCCCACCAACGCUGCUAGUUGGACCAAGAGUGGUCCUGUCUUCAGCUCUGCCAACGGAAACUACGGUACCGGUCACAAUGGAUUCUUCAACAGCCCCGACAACAAGGAAGUCUGGAACGUUUACCACGCUACUGCAAACUCGGCAGGUGCUUGUGGUGGCAACAGAUAUACUGAGGCCCAGAGAGUCGACUGGAACGCUGAUGGCAGCCCUAACUUUGGUAAGGCAGUCAAGCUUGGUGCGACUCUCAAUGGUCCUUCGGGUGAAUAG